AUGGUCUGCAAAGUGGCAGGAACGAGAAUAUACAUCAUCGCUCGCCAGCUUUGCGAAGCUAUCCGAUUUCUACACUCCAACAACCUCUAUCACCUCGACAUCAAGCCGCAGAACCUGGCCAUCGACCACUACACCUCGGAUCUCACCGUGAUAGACCUAGGCUGGGUGAUGUAUGCACCGCCGCCUUGUGUCAUUGAAGGAGCGGCGGGUACUUCUGGGCUUGUCGCACCGGAGGUACAGCGUUGGUUUGAUUGGGAAGAACUUGAAACGGAAGACGAAGACCCGCCUCCGUUCUAUAAUCCCCAGAAAGCUGACACUUGGGCGAUAGGGAACGUGAUCCGCAUUUUAUUGGAUAAGGCAGAUGGAUAUGUUGAUCGAUAUCAUUUGCUAGAAUGCUUCAGUGAGUGGAUGAUGGAACAAAUGCCUUCUAUGGACACCGCGCUGGAGAAACUUGAGGGUCUUUUUUGCUCUCCAAACUCCAAUGCCACACAUAGUUAA